CCCCCUGCCUGGACCCGAGCAGUCGCCAUGGCACAGGUUCUUAAAGGCACCGUGACUCCCUUCCCUGGAUUUGAUGAGCGGGCUGAUGCAGAAGUUCUUCGGAAGGCCAUGAAAGGCCUGGGCACUGAUGAGGAGAGCAUCUUGACUCUGUUGACAUCUCGCAGUAAUGCUCAGCGCCAGGAAAUCGCCGCGGCUUUUAAAACUCUAUUUGGCAGGGACCUUCUGGAUGACCUGAAAUCAGAACUGACUGGAAAAUUUGAAAAAUUAAUUGUGGCUCUGAUGAAACCCUCUAGGCUUUAUGAUGCCUAUGAACUGAAGCAUGCUCUUAAGGGAGCUGGGACAAAUGAAAAAGUGCUGACAGAAAUUAUUGCCUCAAGGACACCUGAAGAAUUGAGAGCCAUAAAACAAGUUUAUGAAGAAGAAUAUGGCUCAAGCCUGGAAGAUGAUGUGGUGGGGGAUACCUCAGGCUACUACCAGAGGAUGUUGGUGGUUCUCCUUCAGGCUAAUAGAGACCCUGAUGCUGGAAUUGAUGAAGCACAAGUUGAACAAGAUGCUCAGGCUUUGUUUCAGGCUGGAGAACUGAAAUGGGGGACGGAUGAAGAAAAGUUUAUCACCAUCUUUGGAACACGAAGUGUGUCUCAUUUGAGAAGGGUGUUUGAUAAAUACAUGACUAUAUCAGGAUUUCAAAUUGAGGAAACCAUUGACCGGGAGACUUCUGGUAAUUUGGAGCAACUACUCCUUGCUGUUGUGAAAUCUAUUCGAAGUAUACCUGCCUACCUUGCAGAAACCCUCUACUAUGCUAUGAAGGGAGCAGGGACAGAUGAUCAUACCCUCAUCAGAGUCGUGGUGUCCAGGAGUGAGAUUGAUUUGUUUAACAUUAGGAAGGAGUUCAGGAAGAAUUUUGCCACCUCUCUUUAUUCCAUGAUUAAGGGUGAUACAUCUGGGGACUAUAAGAAAGCCCUCUUGAUGCUCUGUGGAGGAGAAGAUGACUGAGGCAUCAGCCAGAGAGAGAUCU